AUGCGCGAGAUUGUUCACAUCCAAGCCGGACAAUGCGGUAACCAAAUUGGAGCCAAGGUAAGAAGUUACAGUUGAUUUGUAGUGUUUAGGAAGGAGUUUCGACCGGUUUUAUGACGAAAUUCAAUGACUGAUUCAAUUUUUUUUCAGUUCUGGGAGGUUAUCUCUGAUGAGCACGGUAUCCAACCCGACGGAUCCUACCAAGGAGAGUCUGACUUGCAAUUGGAGCGCAUCAAUGUCUACUACAACGAGACCGGCGCCAAGCGUUACGUUCCUCGCGCCAUCUUGGUCGAUCUAGAGCCUGGAACUAUGGACUCUGUGAAGAACUCUCCUUAUGGAGCGUUGUUCCGCCCUGACAACUUCGUGUUCGGGCAAUCUGGAGCUGGAAAUAACUGGGCCAAGGGACAUUACACCGAGGGAGCCGAAUUGGUUGACAACGUCUUGGAUGUCGUCAGGAAGGAGGCUGAAGGAUGCGAUUGUCUUCAAGGUGAGGAAUAUCUAGAUUUUAAUUUAUCUUAUUUUUUGACUUUUAGGUUUCCAACUGACUCAUUCUUUGGGUGGUGGAACCGGAUCCGGAAUGGGAACCCUUCUGAUCUCGAAAAUCCGCGAGGAGUACCCGGACCGAAUCAUGAGCUCCUUCUCUGUGGUUCCAUCGCCGAAGGUGUCCGACACGGUCGUCGAACCUUAUAACGCCACUCUUUCCGUCCAUCAGUUGGUCGAGAACACCGACGAAACCUUCUGCAUUGACAAUGAAGCCCUUUACGACAUUUGCUUCCGUACCCUGAAGUUGGCUAACCCCAACUACGGAGACCUUAACCAUCUUGUCUCCAUGACCAUGUCUGGAGUUACCACUUGUCUCCGGUUUCCUGGUCAGUUGAACGCAGACUUGAGGAAGUUGGCCGUGAACAUGGUUCCAUUCCCUCGUCUCCACUUCUUCAUGCCUGGUUUCGCUCCUCUGUCCGCAAAGAACGCUGCUGCCUACCGAGCUUCUACCGUCGCCGAGCUAACCCAGCAAGUAAGUCUUUUAUGCAAAUGUUUUUUAGGUUGAAAGGAUUUGAAUUAUCUUAUACUUUACAGAUGUUCGAUGCCAAGAACAUGAUGGCUGCUUGUGAUCCUCGUCACGGCCGUUAUCUGACCGUCGCCGCUAUCUUCCGUGGUCGCAUGUCGAUGAGAGAGGUCGAUGACCAAAUGAUGAGCGUUCAGAACAAGAACGCCAGCUACUUCGUUGAAUGGAUCCCCAACAACGUUAAGACUGCCGUCUGUGACAUCCCACCAAGAGGUCUCAAGAUGUCCGCUACUUUCAUUGGAAACUCCACUGCCAUUCAAGAGCUUUUUAAGAGAAUCAGCGAACAGUUCAACGGUAGGGGUCAUAAUACUGAUUUUUGUCCAAGAAUAUUUUAAUUUGCGGGUAUUUGCACCGCUGUUUGUGUACUGAUCCAACUGAUGUUGUAUUUUUUAGCUAUGUUCCGCCGCAAAGCCUUCUUGCAUUGGUACACUGGUGAAGGCAUGGAUGAGAUGGAAUUCACCGAGGCCGAAUCCAACAUGAACGAUCUUAUCUCCGAGUACCAACAGUACCAAGACGCUACUGCCGAAGAUGAUGGUGAAUACGAAGCCGAGGAGGGUCAUCUUGAUGCUGAAUAAGCUCGCUCAAGUCCACUUGAAUCCCCUUUGUCCGCUUGUCUGUCCUUCCAUAUAAUUUAUCGUGGCCUAUGCUAUGAUUUCCCCUAAUUUUAUUCAUAAAACCUUUUACAUGAAAACUAAAAUUGUAAUGAAAGGAUUGUUGCUUUCUCCUAAUGCUUCGAACAAAGUUAACUAUUAUUAGUAUAUCUGAGUUACUUUAACAUCUAUUUUAUGGCAUUCGUUCACAUUUUUACAACGGCGAGGGCACUUUGGCAUUAUAAAAAUGUUUUUUGAAUGUGUUGAUUGAAGGGUACGAUGUACUAAAAAGGAGCGGCGAUUAUGCUCAUGCUCAAGAAGAGUGCUCGAAUUUGCAUACACUGGAUUAUCAAAUUCGGGGUAAUGGGAAUACUCAUAUCGAGUCCCUCUUGCGUCUGUCGGUCGGUUGUGUUCGUUCUGUUCAUCAAUUUUUCGAAUGCAGUGGUCACUUCCGGGAUGUGUCCUGGGACUGUUCUUGUUUCUGGUACCUGUGGUGUCGGCAUCGAAUGAGAUCCUCGUCAUUCACAAUAAACCGAGUGACACGCUCAUCUUGAAGACGGUAAGGUUACCUUUAAUUUAAAGGAAUACUGUAUUAUAUUUCCGAAAUUAUUGAAGGAUAAGAGCAGUUAUGUUUAGGUAAAAAGAAUUUUUGGCGAAAGUAAUCUUCGAUUCGUGGAAGAAGAGCCGGGAUAUUACCAUUGUGCUUCCACCUCGAAUUCAAUUCAAGCUGCCAAGAAGGUGAAGUUUAUGAUCUAUGUGGCUGAGUAAGUCGAUGAAAAAUUGCAUUUGUAACCGUCAUUCCUCUCCAGAGGUGAAUUAUCCCGAUGCUCCUUCAAAACCGUUCCCCAUGUCCAGAUUCUGACCUAUCGUGGAGAAGUUGUUGUCCAUUACCAAGAUGGCACAAGCACGGAUAGAGUAUACCUGAAUGAAGGAACGCUGAACGCCCUCAUUGAACUGGCUAAGAAUAAGUUGGAUCGAAACUUUGGUGUUUCCUUGAACCUCUUUUCGUUCAAUUCGAUCUUGUUGUUGGCGAUUGGAGUCGUCUCGGGAUAUAUUUAUGUCAAGAAGUUUGAAAAGAGGUAAGCCUACUGUAGUUGCCGGUUAUCAUUGUCCAGAGUGAUGCUCCGUUCUUUCCCAUCAACCAAAUACGGUAACCGGGAGGAUGAGUUGCUCCCAAUUACCACCAAUCACUUCCGUCUCUACAUGGACAAGUUGUGCGACUUCAUUGUGGAAUAUGUCAGAUAUCCACAGAAAUAUCGAGUCACUCCCGCGGCCAAUCCUGGCUUUGUUUAUAAUACCCUGCCUUUGGAGGCUCCAGAGAAGCCGGACUCUUUUGACCAAGUCAUGCAUGAUGUCAAGAAUCUGAUCGUUCCUGGCGUAAACUCCAUUUUGACCACUUAUUAAAUAUUUAAUUAACACGAUUAAUCCUAGUGUUAUAUAAAUUUUAGCUCCUCCAUUGGCAACAUCCCCGUUAUCAUGGAUUCUUCCCGUCCGGUUUCUCCUUUGCGGAUGUUCUUGGCGAGGCUCUCGUCUCCGCUCUGAGCGUUCUCAACUUUUCCUACGAAUCUUCACCUUCUCUCACCGAGCUCGAGAUUACUGUAAUGAAUUGGAUGGGAAAGGCGUUGGGAUUCCCCGAAUGUUUCCUUUACAAUAUGAAUGAUGUUGAGGGCAGCAAAGGAGGUGGAUGUAUUCAGAAUUCGGCAUCAGACGCAAUCUAUGCGGCAGUUUUAACCUCUAGACGUCUGGCCAUUGUGAGACAUUUGGCCAAGAAGUAUGGCAAGAACUUCAACAAGGUAUAAAAGGGCGACUGACGAUUUGGAAGGUAAUGAUUUUUAGAUUCCGAAGGAAGAGAGGAACGCCGAGGCAUUUAAGAUCAUGUCCAGGCUGGUUUGUUACUACUCGGAUCAGGCACAUUCAUCCAUCGAGAAGGCCUGUAUGUUGGCAGCAGUUCAGCCAAGAGCUGUCAAGACCAAUCCAAACACCUUCACCCUUACUGGAUCCGCCCUUCAAAGAGCCAUGGAUGAAGAUGCGGCCAAGGGGCUCAUCCCUUUCCAUGUUCAUAUUACAUUUGGAACCACCAAUCUGGGAACUUGUGAACCCAUCGAAGAAUGCGCCAAGGUCGCCAAGAAGUAUAAGGCUUGGGUAAGAGGUGCUCAUGUUGUGAAUUGAGAAGAAUGAAUGAGAGUAACUGAUGGUUCUCCAGGUCCAUGUCGAUGGCGCUUACGGAGGUCCGACCAUGCUUCUCCCAGAAUACCGCCAAUUAUUCGACGGACUCGAGAAGGUGGAUUCGAUCGACGUCAACAUGACCAAGAUCUUAUUGAUGACUGUGUCGUCUACCUUGUUCUACACCAAGAGAAAACAGGAUGUGACCCGUACCUUCACAAUUGAACCGGAAUAUCUGAAACGAUCGGGACAGAAGAGAGGUGUGCAGGACUUUAGACAUUGGAGUAUCAACCUGAGUCGUCGAGCUUUUGUCAUCCCAAUUUGGUUUACCAUCAGAUUGUUUGGAUUGGAGAAUAUGAGAAAGUAUAUCAGAAGGGUAAGGGCCUAGUAUAAUGUAUAAUUCUAAUGGCUUAGCUCAUUGCCUAUCGCAAAUACUUCCAAGGUCUGAUCCAAGACGACCCUCGCUUUGUGAUCGUUGGAAUACCGUCGAUCUCCGUUGUUGGCUUCAGAUUGAAGACUCAUGAUAAGGAGAGAGGAGACACCUUGACCAGAGCUCUCUGUGAAUACGUUAAUCGCAGUGGAAAACUCUACUUUACCUUUGCUGCUCCUCAGGGUGUUUCCACCAUCAGAUUUAGCCCGGCCCAUCAGCUGAGUAAAGAGGAUGACAUCCGAGAAAGUUAUCAGAUUCUCAGCGAUCUCACCGACGAAUUCUUGAGCUCCAAACGUAAGGAAAUGCGGGGAAGCAUUAAGUCUUCGUUUUUUAGAAGGCCUCGUCAACGAAUUGAAGUACGCCACCAAUCUGGUGAACACUCCAGUUAGAGGAUCCCGCAAUUACAUGAUGAACAUGUCCGCUACGGAUUUGGUAUGUUAAAUUUGCGGACAAGUUCAUCCUCGAGCUUUUAGAAGUCCCUGAACACUCCUACCAGACAGUCCAGUCUUUCCAAGGUCUCCGACAUCAACACCGCCCAGCCUAUUAUUCUCUAA